UCUACCGUUCCCUCCAGCCACUUGCCUCGCUCUGCGGUUCGUGCAAGGCGAUACACCAGGAAUUUGUAUACAGCGUCCUUCGCAGGAGGAGUCACAGGAUGCUGUGGAAGAGGGGGAUCCUAAACAGCCAGGCAUGGUACCACGUGUUCCCGCACUGGGGACAUUUUUUAUAGCUUUAGGUAGGGCAUUGCCACUCUUUACCUAAGGGCACAGAUUUUGAGUAUUAGGCCUGAAUUGCCUAGGAAUUCAUGCAUCCAAAAGCCAAAACACACUGCAGUGAUUUUGAAAGUAGAGAGAAAAGGAGAAAAGUAGGGAAAAAAAAGUUUUAAAAGUAGAGAGAAAGUAGAAAGAAAGGGAGGUGGAAGGCAUGCUGACUGUGGGUAACCUCAGGGUGAUGAGAAGUGUUUUGGGACAUGAUGACUGGAGAGGGGCUAUCAGGGAGAGAGGAGAGAGGGCUAGGGAUGAAGGCUUUACCACCGGCAGUAUGUGCAGGUGGUCACAGAGACUUCUGGCUGGUAACAGCAUCUCUAAGAAGUACACUUUACGCAUGGAAAAAGUGAAUUAGGCACCAGAAUAUAGGCCUCAGCCUUCUUUGCACAAUAGCACAAAGGUGAACAAAGAUGAAGCAAAGAUAUUUGUCUGGAGUCCCCAAAUUAUUUGUAGAAAGAGAUAUGACAACAAAUACUUUACAGGGUAAGAGGAAUGCUUAUCUACUCAACCGUUAGGCAGGCUCUGUUUUAAAAUACUGAUCUAGGUAUGGCCUGCUACAGUUUGUGGUCCAAUUAUUGUAACACUUCAUUUAAAUUAUUUUUUUCAGAGUGAUAUCCUCUAUUUGAAAAUUCACAGUGCACUCAGUUUUCUGAUAGUAUAUUCAAAGGUGAUAUAUAAACUGCAAUUAACAGAUUUUUGUGAUUACUUUGUGGCAUAAGGUAGUGUAAAGGUGAUGUUACUAGCUUUAGUGUACAAGGAAGUAUCAAGAAAGUUAUUAAAUAACAAAAAAUCAAAUGUUAAAAAGUCAAUCCUAUUUGUAAUAUUGAUGUCCAUUUUGAGUCACCUUUGACAAAAUCUGAUCAAAUUAACCUAUUUAUUCAUCCUCGAAUCUUUUAAAAGGAGCUUGCAUUCUGUGAAGAAUUUUCUUCAAAAUAAACAUGAGAAUUUCUUACGUUUACAGACUCACCUUUGAUAGAUUUAGCACUUUAUUUUGUUCUGCUUUCCAUGUAUUCUACAGACAGGAAAAAAAGUCUUUACAAUCAAAAUCAAAGAACUUGCCUGCUCCUAGGCUCAUUCAUCUCCAUCUCCUAUUAAAGGCAGCUUAGCUGGGUUUUUGAAGGGAUUAAGGAAUCUGAUUCUGAAUCUGGGAUCUGAUUUUGAAGAUCUAUAUCCAUAGCUAUAUCUAUAGAUAAAUACAUAUAAUUUGUAGUCAAGGGAAUACUGUUUUCAGUAAAUGUGUUUCAUAUCCACAAUCCAAACAUAUAUGCAAAUACUUAUUUAUAUGCAUUAAAUGCUUCCACAGAAAUAACCCCAGUCAUAAAAUUAAACAAAUGCCUAAAGACUCAGUGUUCUGAUUGGGAGGAGCUAAAAGAGAAUGAGAAUGGAUAUAUUGAUGAGAGAUGCUAGUUUCACUGUUUAAUGCCCUAUUGGGACACACUUAGUGACUACUGUCAUCAAUACACUGUGAGAACUUAAAUAGAAGGGAAAAAAUAUGAGGGCAAAAUUCAUUAGGCAGUCUAGAAAUCACACUUAUGGUUCCUGUUUUUAAAAUUAUUGCUUGUUGCCUGAUGCUAACAGGAAGAGUUGUCAUUUGUGUGUACUUUUUCUUUCCUAAUGUCAAAAGCUAAUCUUUUGGGCUUAAACAAGCCCCUGCAACUCAUUUGUUGUAGCAAUCUGGCAGAGUAUGGCACCAGUGACUAGUAACAAUGAGGAAAUAAAUGUAUUUCCAUUGUCUUUAGGUGAACACAUGUUAUAAAUACAGGAGAGGAAACAGGAAAUAAAUCGGGGACAAAUACUCACAGUUUCAAUAAUCAAAGAUGCCGUUACUAAAUAAAUGACAUUUUAUAAAAACAAGGGUAGAUGUUAGGUUAGUGGAAUAUUGCCACAUGUAAAGUGGAAGGUAGAGAGGAUCUCUUUUUACUGGUUUAAGUUCAAUAUUUACAAUCAGACUCGUAUAUGUCAUUGUGUAGUAAAUGACACAACAACUCCAAUGACAUUAAAUUAUACGAUGUUGUAGCUACAUACUUGAAUUCUAUCUACAGUUCGUUUUUCAUGUCUCAUAAUCCUGUGCUUAACCUACAUUUUCUGCAUUCCUCUCUUUUGGAACUAGGGUCAACUGACGCAGUAGAAUGCUAUUGGUACAAAUUCUCUGAAUCUACAGUAACUGCUAAAAUCUGACAACGUUCUAUUAAUUUCACAAUUCAGUACAAGAAUUCUCAUAGCAUUGAAAAGCUCAGCAAAAGAGCUGGAAUUAGAAUUCAGUAUUCUCGUUUCUUUCUCAGACAUAUAUAGUUUCACCCUUGUCUGUUGCUGCUAGUGCCUUCUUCCAUCUAUCUAAUCACAUAUAAAGUGACACCUCACAAAAAUAUGUUUCAGUGACUUUCUGUUGUCUCUCUAUUUUUAAUUACCACUGGGAUUCAGGAAUAAGACUUUGCAGAUGGAAAAAAUAAAGGCACGACUGAAAGCAGAAUUUGAAGCUCUGGAGUCUGAGGAGAGACACCUGAAGGAAUAUAAACAGGAAAUGGACCUGCUGCUGCAAGAGAAGAUGGCCCAUGUGGAGGAGCUGCGACUGAUCCACGCUGAUAUUAAUGUGGUAUGCAACAGUCCAGCUGCAGACAAUCUAAGACACAGUGGCAUAUGAAUCAUUCCACAGGCUGUGGAAUUGUGCACAUCAGUGAACCAUCACUGGUUCAAUAAUCUGGACUUUACAACACCAUCCUAGGAUCCUACAGAAUGCAAAGUAAAUUUACUUCAGGUCUCUUGCUCAGAGAGGGACAGUUCUUUACAAGCAUGCCCGUCCUCCUGUUUCAGAUGGAGAAUACUAUCAAGCAGUCUGAGAAUGAUCUUAACAAGCUCUUGGAAUCUACUCGUCGCCUGCACGAUGAGUACAAACCCCUAAAGGAGCACGUAGAUGCCUUGCGAAUGACUCUGGGAUUGCAGAGGCUGCCGGAUCUAUGUGAGGAGGAGGAGAAACUGUCCCUUGAGUGGAAAAAAGAACUCAAGAGCUACUUUGAAAAGCAGAAGGCAGAAUGGCAGACAGAACCACAGGAGCCUCCCAUCCCAGAGUCUCUGGCUGCAGCUGCAGCAGCUGCCCAACAGCUGCAAGUGGCUAGAAAACAAGAUACCAGACAGACAGCAACUUUCAGACAACAACCACCUCCAAUGAAGGCAUGUUUAUCGUGCCACCAACAAAUUCAUCGGAAUGCACCCAUAUGUCCACUCUGCAAAGCAAAGAGCCGAUCCCGGAAUCCCAAAAAACCCAAGAGGAAACAGGAUGAAUGAAAUCAAAAGAUUGCCAAGCUGUGUGACCUGUUCCAGUCAUCUUCCAGUAAAACUGCAGAUGCGCCUAGACUUUACUGAAGUGCAGACUCAAGUAUGACCGUCUCAUUAUAUUCUACUUAAUGCAAUGUAAGCACAAUGUUCCUCUUCUGUCUUAAGUUCCUUCCAGUCCUUAGGAAUUGGAUUUAGGAAAGUAAAUAUUAUGGUGCUACAGUUUAACAUUUCCGUUGUUCCAUCUUUUGGACUCCUAAAUAAACUGGAAUUCUUUGUGCAAGUCUGGCUAUUUCUAUUGGCCAAAUGUGAUGGCCACAAAUGCUUUUACGUUCUCUCUUUAAAAACCAGAUGUUACUAAAAUUUUUUUCUGUUUUCUCUUGAUAACAGGAGACUGACUAUUAGAAGUGCUGAAAUAGCAGUCUGAUUGUUUCACUGAAAAACAAACAAUUUAUUUUCCAGGCUGGUAACACUGCAUAGGUUUGGGUAUCCAGUAGAACUCAUUUAUACAGGAAAUGUUUAGGGAAAACAGGAUUGGUUAUACAGAAAAUCAAUGCAUUGAGGGCACACAUGAAGUUUGAUUUACUGGAGUUUGAUUGUACCAUUCCCUGAAACUUGACUUGAAACUGGGAAAGUUGAUGGCUAUGUAUGAAUUUCUAAAAUUAUGCGAUUUGUCAUGCUUCAACAUCUUAAUAGGUUAUUAUUUUCAGCAGUCAAAAGACAACUGACUUAAGAACAAGGCACAAAUUAACUGCAUAAGAGGUCCUCCUAGGCUCUAUGGCCAACCUGCACAUUGUGGUUCCCUAGGGAACUUGCAUGAAAUAUCCCAGAUCUCUGCGUGCGCAGACUGCUGCAUCAGUCAUUCUGCUGUCUUCCUGGCUUGUACAGCCAAAUUCUCCCUUGGCAGACUUAUCCUCCACAGGAACAUAGGAGAGUAACAUGCACAAUGAACAGUGUCAACUAAAAAUUAUGUAUUUCACCAGAACCACUGGGCUUUGAUGUCGUCGUCCUCCCUUAACCAAAACUUUCUAUUUUUUGUGUCAUUUAAUAGUCAUUUGCAUGUAAGCUUUACUUCAGGCCAGUGUUUUUCUUGCUCUGUGUGUGCCUAAACAACCCUGACUACCCAGAGUAGACUCGUCCCUGUAUCCAUGUGUUCAUUUUGUUUCACCUAAUGCAACAAGUUCCUCCAAUGGGGUGGAUGACAGUGACCCAUGUACAGAAACAGGGCUUAAAAUUUACUCAUCUCCAAUCCCAGUUCUGUCACUAUCUUUGUUGUCUAAAUUGAUCUCAAGUAUUAAGUCUUCUUUUCACUAACGUCAGGAGGCAAUUCUUGUGCUUGUUCACAUUCUUCUCUCUUUAGCUCAAGUUCUUCUCUACUGUUAUGCUAGAGUGGUUAUAUUGAAAAUUUGGCUUGUUAAAUGGGAAGAACAGGGCACUGGCAACUAUAAUAAAUCCACAUAAUGCAAUUUUACUGGCCAAAUCACAUAUGCCAUCAUUAAUUUCCCAAGUCUGCCACAAAGUACACGAGUGAUUUAUUGAAUAUAGUCCUGUAACUUAUAUCAAGUUCAUGAGGUAUUCUCUUAUUUUAAUAUUUUGUAGCCAUAUGAACAUCUCUCAACAGCAGAGACAGAAUGUGGACCACAUGCCCCUGAAAUUAUGUGAAGAGCAGAUUCUGCUAGCUGAAUCACUGGGAUUUGGUCUCUCUGAGAUAGCAAUAAUGGAAGAUAGUCUGACUCCAUUCUCCAAAUGGCAGUAGUGCAUUAUGCAUGUCUUAUGGCACAGACAGUGGAUUCUGCUAUUGAGUGUCAGACUGGUCAUAUGCUGUGUGCCCUGUUCAGAGAAGUUCUUAGUAAGCUGAAGGGAAAACAUACACUAAGAUAAAAGUACGUGGACUCCCAAAAGUACAUGCUUGAGAGCAGUAUACUUCGAUGGUAGUUGUACAUAAAUUUAAGAAGUAGUGACAAUGGAGCGGGCAGAUGGUCUGCAAUGAAGUAGUGUGAAGAGAAGGAUUGAUUUGUAGUAACUUAGAGUUCUGAAAUAGAUAGGGUUAGUCACAGUUGCUUUCACUUCACUGUUACUUUACCAGGUUCUUUCUUUCUUGGAGGAUCUCUAAACUGAAGUAUGCUUAAAAGAUACACAACUUGCUGAUUUAGUACAACAGUUUUGUAUUUUUUCUUUUUUAAACUAGUCUCUUGUUCUCUUGUGUUUAAGAAGGUUAGGUUUUUUUUUUUUAAAAAGAAUAUGACAUACUGUGUUUGCAUCAAUCAUGUACUAGUAUUUACAGAUUUGUUUGCACAUCCUUUACAAAGUUCUGCUGUAUGAAUAGCAUGCAUUACUGAAAAUGAGCAUAACUGAAGAUGAGUCAGCAGAGCCCUGGCAGCCAAAAGGGCGAACUGUGUCCUGGGGUGCAUCAGGCACAGCAUCGCCAGCUGAUCGAGAGAGCUGAUUGUCUCACUCUAGACUGCACUGGUGAGGCCUUGAGUACUGUGUGCAGUUUUGGAUGCCUCAGUGCAAGAAGGAUAUCAGACCAUUACAGUAUUCCAGAGAAGGAGGGUGACCACGAUUGCUAAAGGUCUCAAGGACAAGACCUCUGAGGAGCAACUCAAGUCACUUGGCUGCUUCAGUUUUGAGGGUGUCCUCAUCACAGCCUACAGCUUCCUCAAGGAGGAAGCAGAGGAGCAGGUGCUGAUCUUCACCCUUUUAUGACCAGCGACAGGACAUGAGGAAAUAGAAUGAAGCUGCAUUAGGGGAAGUUCAGAUUGGACAUUAGGAAAAGGCUCUUCUUUGGGAGAGUGGUUGGUCCUUGGUACAGUGACCUAGGGAAGUGGUCAAGGCACCAAGCCUGUCAAGAGUUCAAGGAGCACCUGAAUGGCACUCUUAGUCAUACAGUUUGAUGCCAGGUAGUCCUACAAGGAGUGGGGGAUUGAACCUGAUGAUCCUUAUGGGUCCCUUCAAACGUGAGAUGACCCUAUUUCAAGGAGACAGAAUAGGCAUGAUGUAUGAAGGGAUCAUGGGGGUGGGAGCAGGGAGGGAGGUGGUGUCUUUCAUAAGGCAAGAGUAUUCUUUUCUCUCACAUGAUAAUAACGUAAGUUUAAGUGAAGAGCUCUUCUUCUGGGCUCUUUUCUCCCAGGCAACUUUCUCUAGAGACUAGCGGAAUAAUUAUGAAAUAUUGAUUUCUUCUUUUUCAGACAGAGGAGGAAGCUGUCUGAAGUACAGUUCCUACCACAAGUCUAAUGCUUUUUUGCUUCAUGGAUUUUUUUUGCUCUACUGCAUUUUUGCUCUUCCUUUGUAGCUAAAGUCUUUGUAGGUACUUCUUUGCUUGGCUUAAAUUUAUUCUAACUUGGGUUCAAUUCUCAGAAUAGUCACAAUGACACCCUCCACAAAGCUUGCAAGACUUUUAUAUUUACUAAAAUCUGUUUUAACCCUGUCUUUGUCAUUGCUUUUUUAAAUGGGUAUCAAAGUGACAGCAAAGUAACUGGAUUCUCUUGGAACAGAUGGUUUUCCAGGAUUUCCUCCUGAUUCCUCACUUGCCUCAGAUGAUAGUCAUGUUGCUCUGCAACCAGACACCACAAAAAACCCCUCACAAAACAACAAAAUAAAAAACAAAAAACCCCCAAGGCUUUCACCCUGCCACCACCAUGAGCUCAUGAUAAGAGGUGAACACUGUACUGUGACUGAAUACUUUGUUGUAGAAAUUUUCAUACCCAAGCUGGGAUACAUCAGUUGUUCAAACUUUGGUGUCAAGGACCCCACUAACUACAGAGAAAAUAUAAGGCAAAUUUUAAUACUUGCACUUCCUGAAUUCCACUUUCAUUUUCUAAACAUGACCUGACCUAACCUGACAGUGGCUUCAAGUUACAGAAACUAAAUUUGAAAGAAUAGACAUUGAUGUAUUAUCUAAACAGCAUACUAUUUUAAAAAAAUAAGACUUCACUAGGACUUUGUAAAGUGCUUUAUUCCUUUAUUUUGCAGUUUUCAAAUUCCUCGAGCAUAGGUUUUCAUUUUAAAAUUUAGGUGUUUUAGCAAUAUCUGGUAUUUUCAUUGACUUCUGUGUUUUAAAUAUUUUACUCCUGUGCUUUGUGGGAGUAACUGUUUAAUUUGUCUGUACAGUCCUUUCUAAUAAAUAUUUGUUUCAUGUCA